CAGCAAGGAAGAGAGCAGUGCAGAAACGGAAUCAGAUGCAGUGAAGUCUGUGAGUUGACAGUGGGGUGCACGAGAACAGGCGUUCAGUAGUGGUGGAGGCGGAGGAGGUUUAGGGGAAAGAAUUGUUUUCUGUGUGCGCGAGAAACGUGUCGACAAGUAACGAGUCUCUGAAAACGGGUCGUCGUUGGUGAUGGUGAAAUGAUUCUCUAGCCCGAGGUUUUUGACUUGGUCCGGACGGACAAAAGAGGAAGACCUUUUGUAUAUCGCUGCUGUUCAAGAGACCGUACGUUUGUUCAUCCGUAGAAAACAUCAUUAAACGCUGACGUCGCGGAAUUCGUCCCGUGUCGUUUUCCUUCGUGGCGAGCGUCCGAACAUCCAACGACUGACUUAGCGACCAUCACGCGCGCGUGUCUUUGUUUUUUUUUCUCGGUGCUGAAUAACUGUACGAGGAAAACAGAGAGAGUGUGUUAUAUCACAGUGGUGAAAAGACCGAUACGUUUCGUGGGUUUCUGCUGUGGUAAAUAAUCCGUAGCAGUCAGAGGCCCUUCCUAAACGACAAUCGAGCUCAGCUGAUUCAAGGACUUGCUGCUGAAGGGCUCUGCUGCGUUAAUAGACGAUAAAUAUGUCGUCCCCCAGCGCUGGAAAACGACGUAUGGACACGGACGUUCUCAAAUUAAUAGAAAGUAAGCAUGAAGUGACGAUAUUAGGAGGAUUAAACGAAUUUUCCGUCAAAUUCUACGGACCACGGGGAACACCUUACGAGGGUGGAAUAUGGAAAGUGAGGGUUCACUUACCCGAGCACUACCCCUUCAAAUCUCCUUCGAUCGGCUUUAUGAACAAGGUGUACCACCCUAACAUUGACGAAGUCUCAGGCACCGUGUGUCUAGACGUAAUAAACCAGGCUUGGACUGCCCUUUACGAUUUGUCAAAUAUAUUCGAGUCCUUCCUGCCCCAGUUGUUAACAUAUCCUAAUCCAAUCGACCCCUUAAAUGGCGACGCAGCGGCCAUGUAUCUACACAAACCUGAGGAGUACAAGAAGAAAGUAGCAGAUUACGUGAGGAAAUACGCAACAGAGGAGGCGCUAAGGGACCAGGAGAACAGCGGUACUGAAAACGGGGUGUCGUCCGAUAGCGAGUCUUCGAUGAGCGACUUCAGCGAGGACGAGGCGCAGGACAUGGAGUUGUAACCAAAUAUUUUACCAUCCGUACCCAUAUCCUUAAUCUCGAUUUCUUGUAAACUCCGACCGCUCGUCCUACCAAAUAGAUGCUUACAUUUCGAACCUCCAAACCUCACUAUCGGUUUAGCUGCGUGGCACACUCGUCACUUUGUUUCGUAGGGAACGUUGAACCGCGACCAGGUUGUCCGUUAAUGAAUCGGGAGGUAAAAAGAAAAGAAAAAAGAUAAAAGGAAACGCAUACAUAAACGAAAGAAGAGAAAAUGAAAAGGAAACGAAAUUUGAAGGAAAAGAGAAAGUACGAGAAUGAUGAUGUAUACGUAGAAAAAAGGAUAUCGCUUUUGAAGUUCUCUUUACGCGAGAGAUUGGCGCUCUCGUCGUCGUCGUCCUCGUGUUUUUCAACGAGGGACGUUGACGAGAAAAAUGAUACGCGCCGUUUUCGAGAAAGAAACACCUCGUUUUUUUUGCAUUUUUUUUUUUUGGAUUUUCUUCUUUUAAAUUUACGGCUUUGCUACCGAUUGAUCGAACGUCGAUACCUUCAGAUUGUUGGCGGUCUGGCAUCGAUCGAAUAAUCGCGAAUCAUCGUGCGUCGUUGACGUUCCGUUUAACGAUUGUACGCGCGGUUGCACCGUCAAAUUCUACGAUGAAUUAUUCUGGAAAAAUUGUUUCUUUUCUUUUUUUUUUUUUUUCGUUGAAUAUUUUUGUUCGAUUAUUCCUCCACGUUUCGAAUUCUUCGUCGAUCUCCCUCUGGUUCUUUCUCUUUCUUUUUUUCCCCUUCCCGAUCGAGUCGAGUCAGAAACAGACAGUCUUGGGGCGUUAAAAAGAACGAUGCACGAACAUGAAAGAAAGAUCACGUUCGCUCGACAAGUAUGUAUAUCUUUCGGAUGUCGUAAUUCACAUUACGCUUGUUAUUCUCUGUCUCUCUGUGCGCUCUCGUUAUUCGUACAGGUGCCACGAGCAAGCACGAUAUAGAUCUCGAAUCAACAUCGAUUUCGAAUAAACAUUCGUUUCACGUGUUUUCGAAAAUGCUUGCUCGUAGAGUAACGACUCUUUUGUAAUUUGCACGAUAAUUUGUCACGAGACUAUUGCAUCGUAUUUGAAAUUGAUAGGAUUCGUACGUUUGUAACAACACGAAGAACUAACGAUGCGAUAAAAGUAAAGAAAAAAAGCUAUUGUUUUCCGCUCGUUUAACAUUCGAAUUAAUUAUUUCUUUAUGUUCUUUGCCGUGGUUCAAAAGAUCUAUCUGGUUAUUAGACGAUCUCUUUUCUUUUUUCUUAUGUUCACAAAUUGAAUUAUCAUGCGAAAGAGAAACAAAAAAGAAAAAGCGGAAUGGAAAAUAGGAUACUAGGUGCGUCUUCCUCUUUCUGUUCUGUCAUCACCAUCCCUGAACGUUUCCCUCGUAGGGCGCAGCAACGAGAAAAGGCUUCGUCAACAGUGUUGAAGACACUGACAAAUCUACGAUAUAAACGGCGUUUAAGUAGCGAUGUUAAUGUCGGGACAUCCCAGCCACAGUUGAAAUCUGCACGGUCAACGUUUUUCGACGGAAGGGAAACGAUCGAAGACACUGGUCACUUACGAACGACCUCGGCCUCCUGUCUCGAGACACACGCGAACACAUCGAACGUACGAAUUUUCAGAGAGUUGCGAGAGGACAACGACGCGGCGUACACACCGGAGUUGCGUCAGUAUUCGGAAAUGGACGUAGAUUUCAUUCACUCGGGAGGAAGUAGAAGCAAUCUGGACACAACCGUCUAACGACUCAUCGCGAAAAUUUCUCUGGUGAUAUUCUCACGAUUAUUUUAUCAUAAAAAAAAGUAAGAAAAAGGACAAAAAAAAAAGAAGAAAAAAAAAGAGAAAAAGAAACAAAUGACUUUAGAGCAAUUAAUAUUGUUUAUAUAAGGAUUUUUCUAAACGCAUAGUAUGAAAAGUUUUUCCAAAUUUUUAAUCGAAACGAGAGAGUCGCUUGUGUAAGAGAGAAAAAUGACUUCAUUCGAGCGCCGUGGCGUAUGUAAUAUUUUAUUUGUGUCGAAUAAGAAAGGAUAGAAAAAGGAAAAAAAUUUUUUUGAUACAAUCGAUAUUUUUUAGAGGUAACUUUAAACUGCGCGUUCAUGCAAGUCGUAUUCAUGCAUCGUGUUUUUUCUUUUUUUUUUUUUUUUUUUUUUUUAAUUCUAUCGACGUUCGGCUUAAUCGAGAGAACAAAGCGCAUACGGCGUGAAAGUCUGGGGCAGAAUUGGCGAGAAGUAAAGGAAAUCAAUGGAUGAUAGAAGAAUAUUUAGUGGAAGUGAGGAAUCGUUUCUUUUUUCUGACGAUGCGAAAAGGCUUGUAGCAAAUGGAAGAACAUGAAUUUGUACAAAUCUUGGUGCACAAUAAUCUUCGUUUAGUUGUAAUGUCGCUUCAAACUGAUCUCUCUCCUUUUGCGUGGUUUACGUAUAUGCAAUACGAUCAACUAUACGUGCAAGUAUAGAAAAUGAUAUUUUAGUGCCUUCUCAGGCAGAAAAUUGUGCCUUAUUACAUGGGUCUCUGUAAAAAAAAGAAAAGAAAAAAAAAGAAAGAAGAAUGAAAAUCUUAUUGGUAAACAUAUUCGGUGGAAAAAAAAACGAAGAGCAUUAAUUAAACAAACACAAACACACACAUCAAUAAUUAAAUCAAUCGCUUGGAAGAACGUAAAACUAAUACAGCGUGUGCUUUUAUUUUCAAAUAUUGAGAUAACGUUGAAGAACAAUGUUAAGCUUUGUGUAAGUCUUUUUUUCUCUUUUGAAGAGUGUUCGGCUAGUUGGGAAUGCGAUGUCAGAGAGAAAUAUUAUUAGAAAGAGAAAACCAAUAGAAAAGAAAGAGGAAAGGAUACGAGGAUAGAGAAUAAAUUUUACCAAAAAUGUUUAUAAGAAAAAUCGAAAUUUCUUGUCUGUAUUCUUGCAAUAGGUUCACUCCUUAGUUUUUAACGAAUAAAUUUAAUAUUAUCGUUCUAUUAUUACUCGUAGUAUGGGCGCGGUUAUCGUUUCAUUUAUGUCAAAGCAUCGUUUUUUUAUGCGCUUUCAUUCGUCUAUGAUUUAGAGAUUUCGCAUAUUUGAUUUCUUAUUUUCAACGAGUCGCGAACGUUAUCAAGAUUGUUGAAUCUUGAUAAUUCUCCCUUCUUUUAUUUAUUACACGGUUUUAAUUUUAAUUGUGCCAAGGGACGAGUCGUGAAAUUCGUAAAAAGCGAUAGCUGCGUCCACACGUUUUUAAUUGUUACGCAAUCUUUCCUUUUUAUUUAAGGAAAUAGGAUAUAUUUACGUGGAAGUAAAACAAGAAAAUGGAUAAAAAUAAUACUGUCAUUCAGAAUUUACAAUUAUUUAUGAUUAUUUAAGACGUGCUUUCAUGGUAUUUUUUCGUAUGAUUCGCAGUGGCUCUAUACGUUGGUGAAGUGUAUAGCAAUGUAUUUACUGAUUAGAGAAAUGAUUAUUAAAAUGGAGUGAAACUGAUACGGCGUUUGUAUGGCUUAUUAGGCAUUCACAUGCCCUUUCGACGUUUUUCUCAGGCACUGUAACGAUAUAUAUGUAAAUUAUAUUUGUUUCAUUUUGUCAUACUUCUUUUUUGUAUCAUCUCGUCAUUGCGAUAUACUCGUGAACCUUCUCUUUCACCGAAAUUACAUUUAGGACAACACACGAAGAAAAAUACACAAAGAUUAACAGACAAUGAUUCAGAUUCUUUUCUUUUUAUAAUCGUUUAUAUUUAGAUAGUCCGUUUGUAAUUCUGAAGAGUAAUUUAUACUAAUUUCUCUCAGUGAUUAUCCGUGCUCUAUAUCUCUCCAUAGAAUAUUCUCUUUACUUCCAAGUAAACUGUUGUAGUAAGCUUUAAUACGUUCUCAUUAGUAUCUUUAGACGCGUCUUUGGGCGCUUAUGUUCUUUUCAAAGAUAUCCUUAAACGAUAAGCAAAAGAAUCGAACGGAUAACGAAAGAAAGAAAAAGAAAAAAAAUAUAGAAGGAAGAGAGCGUAAGAAACGAUAAUCACAAAUUUUGCGUUCUCGUAGAUUACAGUAAUCGAGGUAAAGUCGUAUUCACAGAUCUCACAUUAUUACUUUUAUACAUGUAACAUAGGUUUAUCGAUUAAUUAUUAUGUUAUUAUUGAUCGUAUUCGCAUAACUCUAUUAUGUAUUAUUAUGGUUUUACUAACUGAUUGUUUAACCAACCGAAAGGAUAGUUUUAAUAAUCAUUUUUUAUUUUUUUGCAAUUGUUGUUUGUCUCUCCUUAUGUUUAUUACUUCUACAUUGUACGUCUUACCGCAUACUUAAUCUCGUAAGUUUAUUAGAUCAAUUCAUUUGUUGUUCCUUCACACAUUACCGCUCACAAGUAUGGGAUCAGUCAUUUAACGAAAAAGAAACUUAUAGUUUUUAUGAAAAAAAUACUAAUUAAUAUUUGAACUUUUGUACAUUUUAAGUUAGUACAUACAAUUAUAAGAAAAAGAAGUAAGAUUUGGAUUAGGAUUCAUUAUCAAAAUAACGUUUCUUCCUCAUAAAAAUUUCUCAUAUUUAUGGUAUCCCUUUUACAAAUUUUUCCAAUUUUUCUUGUUGAAUAUUUAUUUUUCCAAUUAUUACAUAUUAAUUCCUAGAGAUGCGUUUAAGACGUUAGAUUCGAUUUUCCCAUUAACUUUGUCCAAUUCAUUCCUUAGCAACUGAAUGGAGUUAACGAUUGAUUAAUUGAUUGAUGGACAAACCACGAUGCAUAAAGUCUUUUCGUCGUAUUUUUAUCUCAGGUAUUCCUUAGAGAAUUUCAGAAUACGUUUCGGAUUAUAAUUUUAUCGCAAACAAGAACUCUGCUCAAUUCGUGAUUUUAUAAAAACGAAGAACGAACACACAUGACAAUACAAUGAAAGAAGCUUCUAAUAAACCAAUGUAAGACAAAACAUAGUAAACUAUUUUAUUUUCUUCCACGAAUUGCGAAUUUCAAAAGUGAUGUCAAACCUUUGAACAGUAGUACGCAAGUCUACAUUAUGCCUUUCCAUUUUAAUCGUGCACCCAUAAAACAAAGAUUCUUUCUUCUCUAUAUUAUUCCUCCAAUUUAUAAUUCGUUUUAUUACACGUCAAACUUCAAAAAAGACAUCACCUCAUUGCUUAUGUUCAUACGCAUCUCUCCCUGUCUUUCCACUCGUUUCCCUUUUUUUUUUUUUUUUUUCGUGGCGUAGCAUUUUGCGAAAAGGAAACGUAUAUAAUGCAAAGGAGUCGUUAUCUAUGAUCAAAUUCAACGUGUGUAAUUAAGAUCGAUGAUUAAGAUAGAUAUUAGACGACGCAGAGUUAUUCGUGACUCCCCAGAGUUAUCCGGCGAAAUCGCGUUAGCCGUUUUCUCGAGUCGUUGAAAGACGAAUGUCUCGCUCGUUUGAACUCGUGCACAAAAAUGAAUGAAACGUACGUAAGUAUAUGUGGAUACGAUCGUGGGACAACUUCAGAAGCAAGCAGUGACGAGCAAUGCCAUUCGUUGCCAAAGCGAGUGUCACUUCAUUAAUUUCCAUUCUGGUCAGGGGAGGCGGCCACGUUUCCGCUUUGUUCCGCGAAGAAUCAACUGACCAUUCGUUAAAUGUUUCGAGUAUGACCAUAAGUUUGCAACUAAGAUUCAUCGUGUUUACAAUUUUUCAUCGUAAGGCCGCGAUGAAGCUGACGUUUUAAACGCAGCUACAGAACGAGUCGUUUCUUUGUCAGAGCAAGAACAGUCGUACGAUAGAAUCUGAAUAUUUUAAUGACUGAUCGAAGAAAAAGAUCAUACGUACGUAUUUGAUCGUGAAAAAAAAAAAGAAAAUUUCGAAAUUAUGGCAAUUUUAAAAUUCAAAAUUGGCUGUCAAUCAAUUUACGCAUUAAUAGAACUGUCUUUUUAUUUAAUUUUGAAAUUAACCCUUUGAGGGAUAAAUUUAAUAAAAUUGGAAGAAGAUAAUUGUGUUUAACAUUUUAUAUUUACUGGCACAAACAAGUGGUAUUUUUCAUUCUUCAAUCGAAGAAAAUCAGACCUUUGCAGACAAACUGAAUCGUCGAAUACUUAAACGAAAUUUUACUCUUGUAUUUCUUUCCUUGAAUUUUUAUUUCUAUCGAAAAAGUCUCAACCAUUUAAUCUAAUAAACGAUUGUAUAUAAUGUACCAACGACAUUGAGAAGAAUUCCAUAAGCGUUGAAAACGAUUCAGUUCAUCUACAAGGAAAUUAAAAAAAUAUGUUUGCCUAUGAAGAGUUAAGUGUUCGUCAUUGCCACGGCUAUUCUUGCUCCGUCAUUAAGAUUCUCAAUGAUUGUUUGAAGACUCCUUCUCUCGUAAUACGUUUCAGCGUUUAGUUUUACGAUUAUCGAACUAAUUUUGAGCGAUACAUCUUCCCACUUUCGGAUAAAUUCCACCGAGACAAGGAAAUAGCAAUAUUUUUGCUACUCGUUCAUAAUAACUAUAUCGUCGAUGUUAUCUAAUGUGUUAAUGACGAUGCCAACGUACGCAUUCGCAAUAAUGGUUGAUUAAAGCUAUACAGAACUUAUCGUUAUCGUACGAUUAGAAACGAUCGAAGCUAGUUUUACACAAGAUACCCAACAACGAUGCUAUUACGUUAACGGAGAAUAUAUUCGAUUUGAUUCUUUCAUCUCCAUCUAUUCAUACCGAGUUCUAUUGUUUUUCUUUUCUUCUCAUUCUGUUUUCUUUUACAGUUUUUAUGAAACAUUCUAUCGAAACUCAUCAUCUUACGGUUCAGUUACAAUAAGGGCAAACCGUAUACGAGUUUUUAAUGGAUAUCGAGCUUGCUCAUAGUUAUAUAUAUAUUAAAAAAAAAAAAAAGAAAAACUGUUAUGAACGACGCAUAACGAUGCAAAGUUGAACUUCUGCAACAUCUUCGUAGACGAACUUCACGAUAUUAUACGCGAAGCCGAUAUCCAACAUGGUCACAAUAAGGAAUUCGUAUACUAUGAAAACGCGAAAUUCUGUGUUUAAAUGUUUCAGCAUAAACGAACGAAGUGAAUCGUCAAUAAUAUACUUAUUGUGAAAAGAACGAUCAUAGGAUUAUCGUGAAGGUACGAGCUUGUUAUUUUUUUCUCUUCUUCCUUUUUGUUUUAAUUUUAGAAGAAUUGAAAUUAAAGUGAAAUGAAAAUUACAUUUUAAGGUAAAUAAAUAAUAAAACGAGUCACGAAAUAUAUUCUCCAUUAUGCGUCUGAUACAUUGAAAUACGCUGUAAUAUUUUGAAAUUUGUAAGCGUAGUAGAUCUCAUUAUACGAGAUGGGAUGCAGUGACGGAAGUUGAGGAACAUCCUAUUCGAUCGUUUGAGUCGAUCGCGAAAUAGUUGAUACAUAAAUGCAAUUAUAUAUAUGUGAUGAACCAUUAAGAGGAAGGUGAUGCACAAUAACAGAUAUAAAAGAGAGAGGAGAGAAACGAUAAGAGGAAGGAAAGAAAGAAAAAGAAGAAACAUAUUUUCUUUUAAGCGACUUCUAGUCGAUGAGUCUCAGUCAUGUGAAAGUGGAGACGUUUUAUUAUUGACUUGUCACAGUCGUUUAGAAAAAAAAAAGAACAAAGAAUGAUUGAUCUACGAAGUAAACAAAAAUCAGGUUCGAGUAUGCAGGGCUUUAAAACUUAGGUACUGCGUCGGUAGAAGUAUUCUCAAUACGUAGCAUGUAAUGUCAGAUUAACAUUAAGAUGCUGAAACAUACAAAACACGAUUGUCAUUAACUCUGCAGUAAGUCAGUCGGUGAUACAUCGUAAUUGGAUUGCGGAUUUUUAUGCAUUAAUGGGAAAAAAAGUAUAGAUUGCACACAAUCUGUAAAAAUAUUUACAGUAUGAUAUUUGUUAUGGUAUUCUUCUGUUUAGAUUUCGUUUUUCUCUGAUUAUGUUUAUAUAGAAAUGUGAAUUUGCAUAAACAUCCACAGUCUACUCGUAAUACUUCGUGACACAGAAUCGUCAAUAAAAGGAACAAAGAAAAGGAAAAAAAACGUUCUUGUUGCAGUCUAAUGUGUUCAAUUCAGUUUUCGCAGAAAAUCGUAAAGAUACAACACGUGCUAUAUGUAAACCUGUCGGAACGCCAGCCGACCAACAAACUCGUUGACUCGCAUGAGUACUGCAGGGUUUACAGGGAAUCGAGGUACUUGUUAAAGAAAAAAAAAAAAAAAAGAAAAAAAUAA